AGGGAUUUUGCUCCCCCUGACCCGACUUCGACUUCGGCAGUGUGCGUGUGUCUCUGGCUUGGACGAGUCUGGUGGGGGUGAAACACGCUCUGUGGCUCUCCUACACAGCUCAUGGCUGCCGAGUGUGUGGGUGUGUGUACGUGAGGGUCACGUCGCCACCCUGGAGGCGGAGCCAGCAAGUCUCGGCUGGAAGGGCCCCCCAGGACCCCCCUCAGAGCCACACGGUCCCCCCUCUGUUGGUCCCACGGGGUUCCCUAACCCUGCCACACCAAAUACCUUCUCUGGGCCGUCCACUCCAACAUUUAAUCCUCCUGGUCCCACGCUGAACCGACCCUCCCCGGGUCCUCCGACUGGUCCUCAAGGCCCUGCCUCAAAUCCUAGCAGUUUUCCUACGGGCCCAGGUGGCCCACAACCCUUCAACACGCCUCCCAACAGUUUUUCGGGGCCGCCCACCUCAGGCCCCCCCUCCGUUCCUUUUCCUGGCUCCCCCGCACCUUCAAAUGCCUCUACUCCAGGCCCGGGAGGCCACUCUCCCUUUCCUGGGGGACCUGGUGGGGGUCCCCCUGUUAGUAUGGCAGCCUCCAACAUGGCUGGACCAGGCCCAUCACCUAUGCCCUUUCCCUGUUCCUCUAACUACAGCAGUCCCACACCCACUGGACCCCACAUGAACGGCCCUAACACCACCAUGGGCAUGUUGGGACAGCAACAACAGGCUCAGUUAAUUAAUGGGCCACCUGGUCAUCCUGGACCAUUCCCAGGUCCUGGAGGUCCAGGGCCUGGAUUUACAGGCCCUGGAGGACCAUUUGGCCCUGGUGGUCCACCAUUUGGACCAGGGGGUCCACCUGGGGGCCCUCCCAUGCAUGGUCCUAUGCACGGCCCCAUGCACGGUCCUGGCCCUCACCCAAUGAUGGGUCAACUUGGCCCGAUGGACCGGAUAGAUCAAGGUUGUUUUUGUUGUUCCAGACGGCACACCCCGUACUUCGGCCAGCCCGACUACCGCCUCUACGAGCUCAACAAGAGACUACAGCAGCGCUCUGAGGAGUCGGACAACUUGUGGUGGGAUGCCUUUGCCACGGAGUUUUUCGAGGAUGACGCAACCCUUACUCUCACCUUCUGCCUUGAGGAUGGGCCCAAGAGAUACACUAUUGGAAGAACCCUCAUUCCUCGGUACUUUAGAAGCAUAUUUGAAGGUGGUGUUACGGAGCUUUAUUAUUCCCUUAAACAUCCCAAAGAGUCGUUCCACAACACCUCCAUCACCCUCGACUGUGACCAGUGCACGAUGGUUACCCACCACGGGAAGCCUAUGUACACCAAGGUCUGUACAGAUGGUAGACUUAUAUUAGAGUUCACAUUUGAUGACCUGAUGCGCAUCAAGUCAUGGCAUUUUGCCGUCCGUGCCCACCGUGAGCUUAUUCCUCGGUCUGUGGUGGCGAUGCAUUCCCAACAGGACCCGGGUAUGGUAGAAACGUUAAGCAAAAACAUCACGCGGCAGGGCAUCACUAACCACACCCUAAACUACCUCAGGUUAUGUGUGAUUUUGGAGCCGAUGCAGGAGCUCAUGUCACGCCACAAAGCUUAUGCGCUCUCGCCCAGAGACUGCCUCAAGACCACGCUGUUCCAGAAGUGGCAAAGAAUGGUUGCACCUCCAGGUGCAGCUAAUCAAGCAAAUGGUAAAAAUGGUGCCGAUGGAGAAACGCAGCGUGCUCCUAAUAAACGGCGGAAACGGAAAGGCUCGCAAUCGGGCCAAAAUGCAACUGCGAAUUCUACUGGCUCAAGCAAGAAAAGAUCACCAGGUCCAAACUUCAGUCUGGCUACUCAAGUCUCCGAGGCCCGCGAUUUGUGUGGUAAUGGAUUAUGCGGAUUCGGAGUCACGCAGCAGGAUGUGAUGGUGGUUGGCGAGCCGUCCCUGAUGGGUGGCGAGUUUGGAGAUGAAGACGAACGGCUGAUAACCCGGCUAGAGAACACCCAGUAUGAUACCACGGGCGUUGAAGACGGUGGUAAUGGCGGUGCGCCGCAAGGAGCGGGACCCGGGGGUCCUGGACCCGGCCCUGCUGGACCCACGCCGUUCAACAAUUCACCAAUGACUGGUGGUCCCGGUGGGCCUUGGCCCGACCCUGCACGACAACCCCAGGAGACUGAUAAGAAGAGUCCAGCAAUCAGUCAGUAGCCCACACAAAUUUACACAUUUAGCUUCUCAUAUAUGAAGUAGACUAAGAAUGAAUGCAUAGCUUCAGGAAUGGCAAUGUUUAUUUGGAAUGACCCCAGAUGUAGGGCAUUCCUCCUAUGGUGAAGUUAUCCUUGAGAGGAGAACUGGAGUGGUGCAGAUGGUGGAUGCCAACAAGUAUUACAAAGUAGUUGGUAACACACCAGUGAAGCAUUUUUAAUCAAUUGAAAUGUUAAUGAUUUCAUUAUUUUAAUAGAAAAAUAUCAAAAUAUAAAUUAAAAAGUUAUGUUAUAAAAGAUGACUGAUUUAGAAAAUUAUGGUGAUGUAAGGGUUUCAUGGUAGAAUACUUUAAAAUUGAACUGUGGACUAAAUAUAUGCAGGGAUGAAAACCUGCUGACUUCUUUUAUACAACAAUGAUUGAUGUUCCUUCCCAGGAACCAAGCUCAUAACUGACUGCAAGAAGGUGAUUUAAGCUACUAAGGCAGAUGAUGUGUGGACUUGGGUAACCAAGAGCAUUCUUCAUUUUACCUGGAGCUUCUUUGGUGACCUGUUGUCAUACCUACAGUGGUGCACACUUGUGAAUGCUUCGUAACUUUUAUAUUAUUUAGAGAGAAAUUAAUAGGGACCAAUGUUUUGGUCAGAGUUACAAGGUUAUUACAUUCUCUUUUGAGUUAUAUUGUCAUUCUGGUGACUAAGACAGAGCCAUUAAUAUUUUAAUAUUGUGUCAUUGAGAAGAGUGAGACCUGACCCUUUGCAAAUAUGCUUGUCAUGAGAGAUGGUAGUUGUUCCUUUUUUGUUCAUGUUUUAUGGCUGAAAGUCCAUUGUGUGAACCAUUCCUGUAAAGUAUUUAUACUUUGGCUUGCAUGUGAACAAUAUUGUAUGAAUCUUGGUGAGAAUGUUAUCGGCGAGUCUUUAUGUUGUAUGUGUAUAUUUGUAGUAAUAUAACUUUUAAGUAUGGUACAUGGCCUACACUAGCAAUAUUUCCAGGUAUGGAAAGUAUCCUGUGCAAAAAAAAUCAUUCUUUGGUAAUGGUAUUUAUAAUUAGAACAUGCAUUUAUAACGUUCAGUUAUCACAUUGGCAGAAAUGUUGUUAUUGCAUGUGUUAUAUUGCACAGAAGAUUUUGCUAUUACAGUAUAAUUUGAUUCCAUUAUUCCCAAGACAAAGUUUAGGUAUACAAGUGUAGGUAUUCAACUGUGCUCUCUUACGUGACAGACAUAUAUUCUACUAUUUUGUAGAUCCCCUUUAUGACGAUUGUGGUCUAAAAUAUCUCAUUUAAGAACAUAUUUUUAUUAUAUAUAAUUUUGUAUAUUUUAGCUUUCUUUGGUCUGACUUGAUCAUUUAUUUAGGUUAUAUUUUUGGCUCAUAUAUAUUGAAUAUUUUAAUGCAUUUGUUAUCUUUUUAUAUCAAAUGAGAAGACUGUGGUUGACUGGCAGAGUAUAUGACAUUAUCCAACUUUCUUCUAACUUCAUGAAAGACAGUUACUUGUAUCUUUGUACAAAUUUUCCCAGAAGUAGUGUUGCCUUUUUUUUUUUUUUUUUUAAGUUUUUCUCUAAUCAAAAUACAUAUUUUACUGUACAAGCAAUAUGCAAAGGGAGUUUGCAAGCAAAAUAUUUUGCCUAUUGGUUUUUGUGCGACUCAUAUUCCCACAGCUUGAUUAUUUACAAAAACUGAAUGUCCCUAAAUAACAUUUAUUUCCUUUCUAUUUUCUUAUCGAGUGUUUAUAUGGCAUAUUAAUUUUUUAUUAUAUAUUAAUUUGUGAACUCUCUUUAAUGGUCAAUUAUCAGUGAUCAAUCAUAUUUGCUCUUUGUUACGUUUUGUGAUCCGAGUGUCGACUUAUAAUUGGUUUAUGAGCCUCUGCCUCCUAAACAUUCCAUCAGUUAAGAGUCAAUAGAAAAAUAAUUUUCUUGAAUUAAACCUAAAUAAAACUACUGUAAUCUGAGAAAAUGCUUCUUGUUGAAAAUUCAUGAAACCCGUUGAUAAUAAACAAAAAAUAAACACUUGUUGCCUAAGAAGAAACAGAUUUUCCAAAUCUUAUAGAUUCACAUCUGCAGUCCAUAUCAAGAGGAUGAGGCAUUUCUCACAAACUCUGUGUAUAUUAUGGUGAAUGUUGAAUGUGAGACUACACUUUAAUUCUCUGGAGUUUGGUGUUGACCUGUCUCAGUUCCUCACAUCAAGACUCCUUCCCAAGAACUCUCUUGUGUUACCUCUCUUGUAAAGUGUACAAAUCUUUGUUUGGAUGUGAUUGGUCGCCAAGAUUUCCCGAAAGGAAGCUACUAUUUCUUGUCUUCUAGAGUGAGUGAUGAUAAUAAAUAUUUUUAAUCUA